GGCGGCCGCCGGCCCCGCUCGCCGCGCCUGAUUGGCCGAGCCGCUGUCAGUAGUAAAAAAGUAUCAGAUGGCAAACUUGGGCCCUUCAUAAAGGCGUGGUGGCGAUACUCCGCGAUCGCUGUCAGCCUAUGACAUCAGCGGGGCACGCCUGGGAUGCCGCCGCUCCCGGCCGGACUCGGUGGAGGAGGAGGGUCCCGCCGGCUCAGAGGCAGUUAGCCCCGCGCGGCGAGGGGGGAGCCGCCAGCCUUCCGGGGACACCGCUCUCGGCCGCUGGCUGCCACUGUCCUCCUGCCCAGGGGCGCUCCCGGAGAGGUGGAUGAAUUCUGGGUUGUUAGCUGCGCUCCGCUGGGCUCCGGGAGCCCGUUCCUGGUGGAAAACAGGGGGCGUCUGGCAGAGGGACCAGCGGCUCGUGGACACUCAACAUGACGCUCCUGGGGUCUGAGCAUUCCUUGCUGAUUAGGAGCAAAUUCAGAUCAGUUUUGCAGUUGCGACUUCAACAGAGAAGGACCCAGGAACAACUUGCUAACCAAGGCAUAACACCACCACUGAAAAGCCCAACUGAAUUCCAUGAGCAAAGAAAACAUUUGGAUAGUGACAAGACUGAAGACGCGCUGAAGCACAAGGUCAGAAACAGGCCUGACUGCGCGGACGUGGUUAAUAUGCACGUACUUCAAGCCUCCACUACAGAGAGGUCCAUCCCAACUGCUCAGAUGAAGCUGAAGAGAGCCCGACUUGCAGAUGAUCUCAACGAAAAGAUUGCUCUCCGGCCAGGGCCACUGGAGUUGGUGGAGAAGAACAUACUGCCCGUGGACUCUGCUGUGAAAGAGGCCAUAAAAGGUAACCAGGUGAGUCUCUCCAAAUCUGCAGAUGCCUUUGCCUUCGAGGAGGACAGCAGCAGUGAUGGGCUUUCUCCAGACCAGACUCGAAGCGAAGACCCCCAGGGCUCAGCAGGAUCCCCAGCGGACACCAAAGCUUCGGAGACCCCGUUAGCAGGUCCUGCUCUGGGGGCAGUCCAGGAUCAUUCUUCUGGCUCGGAAAAUGACAAGAAUGACUCAGCCUCACAGCUCAGCAACCAGUCAGACGCGGGCAAGCAAGGGCUUGGGACCCUGGGCCCCUCCAGUGCUGGGCACACUGCUGUGAAGUCCAAGUCCUUGAGCGACAGUAAGAACCGCCACAAAAAGCCCAAGGACCCCAAGCCCAAGGUGAAGAAGCUCAAAUAUCACCAGUACAUCCCCCCAGACCAGAAGGCCGAGAAGUCGCCUCCGCCCAUGGACUCCGCCUACGCCCGGCUGCUGCAGCAGCAACAGCUGUUUCUACAGCUCCAAAUCCUCAGCCAGCAGGAACAGCACCGGCUCAGCUACCCUGGGAUUCACCAAGCUCAGCUCAAGGAACCAAACGAACAGAUGGUCAGAAAUCCAAACUCCACUUCAGCACCACUGAGCAAUACCCCUUUGUCUCCUGUCAAAAACAGCUUUUCUGGACAAACUGGUGUCUCUUCUCUCAAACCAGGCCCCCUCCCAUCAAACCUAGAUGAUCUGAAGGUGUCCGAGUUGAGACAGCAGCUUCGCCUCCGGGGCCUGCCGGUGUCUGGGACCAAGACGGCGCUCAUGGACCGGCUGCGGCCCUUCCAGGACUGUUCGGGGACCCCUGUGCCCAGCUUCGGUGACAUCACGACGGUCACCUUCCCCGUGACGCCCAGCAGCGCGCUGCCCGGCUACCAGCCCUCCCCGCCCGCCAGCGCCUUACCCAACGGCUUGUACCACUUCGGCAGCACCAGCUCAAGCCCCCCGAUCUCGCCCGCCUCCUCCGACCUGUCGGCCGCGGGGUCCCUGCCGGACACCUUCAACGACGCGUCCCCGUCCCUCUGCCUGCACCCGUCCCCGGCCCCCGCGUGCGCCGAGGAGAGCCCACUGGGCGGCCUGGGCGCGGGCCCCCCGGCCCCCGAGCUGGACGCGCCGGACUCGGAGAAGGACAAGAUGCUGGUGGAGAAGCAGAAGGUGAUCAACGAGCUCACCUGGAAGCUACAGCAGGAGCAGCGGCACGUAGAGCAGUUGCGAAUGCAACUGCAGAAGCAGAAGAGGGGCCUCGGGCCCGAGAGGCCGCCCCCCUUCCUGGCCGUGCCGGUCAAGCAGGAGGACGCCGUCCCCAGCUGUCCAUUUGCGCCCCAGCCGAGACCUGGGAAGAGACCGGGCCCUGCUCCCUGCGCCUCCGAGGCCCCGGGCCGCCCCGACGCCCUCCCCUCCACGUUUCUCAGCCCCCAGUGCUCCCCUCAGCACUCCCCGCUGGGGGCCGUCCAAAGCCCCCAGCACAUCAGCUUGCCCCCGUCCCCCAACAGCCACUACUUCCUUCCCUCUUCGUCGGGGGGCACGCAAGGAGAGGGUCACAGGGUCUCCUCACCUGUGGGCAGCCAGGCAUGCGCGGCACAGAACUCAGGGGCACAUGAGGGCCAUCCUCCAAGCUUCUCUCCCCAGCCUUCCAGCCUCCACCCCCCUUUCUCUGGAACCCAAGCGGACAGCAAUCAUGGCACUGGGGGCAAUCCUUGUCCCAAAAGCCCAGGUGUCCAGCAAAAGAUGGCUGGUCUGCACUCUUCUGACAAGACAGGGCCAAAGUUUUCAAUUCCUUCCCCUCCUUUUUCCAAGCCAACAUCAGCAGUUCCAGAGAUAACACAGCCUCCAUCGUACGAAGAUGCAGUAAAGCAGCAAGUGACUCGGAGUCAGCAGAUAGAUGAUCUCCUGGAUGUCCUCAUUGAAAGUGGAGAAAUGCCAGCUGAUGCUAGGGAGGAUCAUUCAUGUCUUCAAAAAGUCCCCAAGAUAGCCGGGUCUUCCCGAAGCCCUAACGCCGCCCUCUCCAAACCCUCAUCUUCAGGAGGCCAACUCUCCUUCGAUCACUAUGGUACCGACAGUGAUGAGCACCUUGAAGUCUUAUUAAAUUCCCAGAGCCCCUUGGGGAAGGUGAGCGAUGUGGCCCUUCUAAAAAUCGGGCACGAAGAGCCUCCUUUUGACGGGAUAAUGGAUGGAUUCUCCGGGAAGGCAGCAGAAGACCUCUUCAGCGCGCACGAGAUCUUGCCAGGCCCCCUCUCCCCGAUGCAGACUCAGUUUUCACCUUCCUCUGCAGACAGCAGUGGGCUGCGGCUAAGCUUCACCGAAUCUCCUUGGGAAACCAUGGAGUGGCUGGACCUUACUCCACCCAGUUCUACACCAAGCUUCAGCUCCCUGGGCCCCAGCGGCCCCAGCAUCUUUAACAUUGAUUUCUUGGACGUCACGGAUCUCAAUUUGAAUUCCCCCAUGGACCUUCAUUUACAGCAGUGGUAGAUAAUGUCUGAUGAAGAGGUGCUUAGGCAGACCCAUGGGGAUGCCAUGGGGAAAAUCACACAACCAAAAACGCUCCUGUCAUCCAAAAGGAGGAAGAGGUAGGCGAGGAGGAGGAGGAGAAGGAGGAGGAGGAGAAGGGGAGAAGGAGAAAAUUAAAAAGACACGAUGGAGACUUCUGUGACAGUCAUGGAGAGCAAAUAGGAGUCUUUAGAUCUAUGUAAAAUGUAAUAUUUACCAGCGUGCAGUAACUGUUCAUGAUUUCAGCUGUGCACUCAGAUAUGUGAUUUCUGAGAUCAAGAAUGCCAAAAAAAAAAAAAAAAACCUAAAAUUCUUUCACUGCCUUUUCAAACACCAGAGUUUUUGUAGCCCAUAAUUUUUCUCAGGCAUUGUUUGGGCGUGAUCGCGCUUCGUAUGCUUUUCUCGUGAAUUUAUACUGUGGAAAGGAAAUGUAGCUCUUUUGGAGUACAGGGAGUAUAGCAUAACCAUCAAAGUUUCUGGAAGAUUCACUCAGUGAUGGAGGCUGUGUUUCAGCACCCCCUUCCCUGUCUUUCCAAAUAGAAGUCAGGCCCGACUUCAGUUGGGUGCUGGAGAUAGAAUAGAGGGACAGAGCCAACCCAUUCCCAAGGAAGUGGAAUCAACUCGGUGUCUCUUGGCCACAAAGCUGCCCCAUUGGGGUGGUUCCAAUUCUGGACCCAGGAUUACCAUGUGGUCACUGAUAGCAAUGAACCUAUGUUUGGUCCACCCAGAAUUUCCCUCUUUCUCAACCAGUAGCCCAAUCACUCCUGCUGUCUCUGUGGUGAUAAGCACCACAAAACAGCCAAGAACCUGAAAGCAAACAAAAACCAAAACCCCCUGCCAUAUGGAACAUUCCCCAACACAACCCCCCUUUAGUUUCAAAGACUGGAGAUGAUCCCACGAUCACAUGGGAAGAACAUCUCUAGCUUCGGGAAGCCAUGGCGGGAUCAUUCAGACAAGCUAUAGAGAACACUGUUUCACGUGUCAUGAGAAUAAACACCAUGGAUUACUAUAGCCGGAUGACUAAUUAUGGAAGUCCAACUUUUCUUGGAGGGUGGAAGGGGGCCCACCUGUUUUAUCUUUUCCCACUGAACUUUUCUUUCAAGAUACCAAUCUUUUCUUGCUCCCCUUUUGAAACUCCUUCUUUUUCUGCCCCAACUUGGACAGGAGAGGACUCCAGAUCUAACAAGGUGCCAUACCCCUAAUAAGCCAUAUUUUAAAAAGCUGAAACUCCAGGCUCUCCUGGAGAACUCAUUCUCCAUAUGCAUAAUUUGCUUCAAAAAGCCGAAAGAAUGUCCUUGCAGUGAGGGGGGAAGGAUAACCUUGGGGUCCUCCGUCCCAAAGCUCAUUCUUCAGUCAUUUGAUUUACUGCAGUCAUCAAUUUGGGUGGUUCAGGGGAAAUUGGAAAUUAUUACGUUGUAAAAAUCGAUGUGAACGAUAUUUACCAGGAGAGAGGAUUUCAGGUCUUGGUGGUGAAAGGAAACAGAGUCGCACGCACAUGGAAAACGAGGGAAGGAAGAAUGACAAUUUUUCUCGCGUGCGUUCCUCAUUAUCUUGUGCUUUUGCUGGGAGUUGUUUUCAGCUCAAGUGGCAAGGCAGUCUCUCUAAAGCUCACUGUGGCUCCCAGCUCAGCGUUUUCUAGUGUUGCAUGCUGUAGAAAGUAGCUAUUGCUGGUUUGGUUGUUGUUGUUGUUGUUGUUGUCGUUGUUGUUGUUGUUGUUUUAAUUUAAAUCACUAAGGCACUGUUUUCUUCUUUUGUAAAAAAAAAAAAAAAUUCACUGUGCACUUACGGAGAAAAUAACCAAAAAUGUUGUGAUUUUAGAAGUUCUCUCUUGGAGAAACCAAAGAUUUAGAAGUCAUUCCAUUGUUACCUUGUAAACAUGUGUGAACACCGAGUGUUUUUGGUGACUAGUAAUCUGAAAGCUUCCAGAGCUUAUGGGGGGGCAGGGUAGGUAUGCAUAUGUGUAUAGAUAUAUACAGAUGCAUAUGUCUGUGCGCAUAUGUGUGUGCAUAUAUACAGGGAUAUGUAUAUAUCUAUACAUAUAUGUGCAGUUGUGUGUCUCUUGAAAAGCAGUGACACAGAGUCCUGUACCAAAAGCCUUUGAAGCCCCAGUUUGCUGUGAAAUACUUGGCCUUUGUCACUACGAGUUCCCGAUUAAUCAACCAGACUCUACGUUGCCUCCCUGUGACUGACUAACAGCUCCAGCUCAGUGACUCACAGCCACUUGCUUACCAUGAACACGCUCAUCUUGACAAAGAAUACGGAUGUGAAAAGACAGAACUGCUCCCCCAUUAGUGAUACAGUCUCUAGUAGAAAAGCAUCAAAGGGCCAUGAAAAUCGUUUUUACAUUCCUUGAUCUGCAUUGGGCUUUAAGAGAUCCACGUGCUAAAUUCUGCAUUUUGCGGUUCACGUCAGUCAUCGGAACCCAAAAUCUAGAGGGGGAGGAAAGAAUCCCCAGUGUUUUCUGUGAAGCCGAGGAUACGGGGAAGAAAACUUUGUUCGCACAUUCCUCACGUGUGCUUGUCCCUCGGAGGUCAGAGUUUUAUUUUGGAUCUUGACGAAGCUUGCUGGUCAGCCCAUGUUUCAUGUGCCCACGUUGUACCAUUUGUAUGUUUAUGUUUUCUCCCUUUGCUGCCUUUGGAAAACAAACUCACAGUGUCCCUAC